AUGGCCACCCACGUCCCCAGAUACGCAUAUCUCAGGCGAGGCACCUCGUCUCUCACAUCGCAGCCCUCGCUCAGAACGACGCAGCAAUUGCUUCACCGGCAUGCUGCCCGCACUCUCGCCACCACCGUCGGCGACCCAGCCACGACGCCGACGCCCACCUCCUCGUCUACAGCCCCCAAGUCCGGACGUCCACGCACCAAGUUCUCCGACCGCCUGAACUCGGGCCCGUCGUUUGGCGACUUCGUCGGUGGCGGGCCAAAAGAAGAGCCGCUUACGGGCGACGAGAUGCUGGAGCUGCGGACGGCCAUGGUGGGGCCGGAGGGCAAGAAGAAGCAAAUAACGCGGCUGCCGACGUGGCUGAAGACGCCGAUCCCGCUGUCGGACAACUACAAGAAGAUCAAGAACGACCUGCGGGGGCUGAACCUGCACACGGUGUGCGAGGAGGCGCGGUGCCCGAACAUCGGCGAGUGCUGGGGCGGCGGCAACAAGAGCGCGGCGACGGCGACGAUCAUGCUGAUGGGCGACACGUGCACGCGCGGCUGCCGCUUCUGCAGCGUCAAGACGAGCAACCGGCCCCCUCCGCUGGACCCGCACGAGCCCGAGAACACGGCCGAGGCGCUGAAGCGCUGGGGGCUGGGGUACGUGGUGCUGACGAGCGUGGACCGCGACGACCUAGCCGACGGUGGCGCCAGGCACUUCGCCGAGACCAUCUCGAAGAUCAAGCAGAAGGCGCCGACGAUGCUGGUCGAGGCGCUGACGGGCGACUAUGCGGGCGACUUGGACAUGGUGGCGCUGGUGGCGCGCAGCGGGCUGGACGUCUACGCGCACAACAUCGAGACAACCGAGGCGCUGACGCCGUUUGUCCGCGACCGCAGGGCUAAGUUUAGGCAGAGCUUGAAGGUACUGCAGACGGCGAAGGAGGCGAAGCCCGGCUUGAUCACCAAGACCAGCGUGAUGCUGGGGUUGGGCGAGACGGAGGAGCAGCUUUGGCAUGCGCUAAAGGAACUUAGAAAAGUCGACGUCGACGUCGUCACCUUUGGCCAGUACAUGCGCCCCACAAAGCGCCACAUGAAGGUCGAGGAAUAUGUCACACCGGCCAAGUUCGAGAUGUGGCGUCAACGCGCCCUCGACAUGGGCUUCCUGUACUGCGCGUCUGGUCCGCUCGUGCGCUCGUCGUACAAGGCCGGUGAGGCCUUCAUUGAGAACGUGCUCAAGAAGAGAGCUGCCGAGCGUGCGGGUGAGGGCGUUGCCGCAUCGUCCGUCCCGCUUACGUCGAUAGAGGGCGUGAAGGCGGCGCAGUCUUCGUGA